AUGUUAGCAAAGGUGGAAUUGAUCGUUAACCCGGCUUCAGGCUCUCAGCUGGCAACCUCUCUCUGCGAAAGAGACAUACAACCUCUGAUCCUCUCCGCUCUGUCUUCGCCAUCACAACUCAGUAUCCGUAGAACAAAAUGUGCACAAGAUGCAGUCAGAAUGGGUCGCGAGAUCAUUGGUGAUUACAUUUGCAACGUUGGUUCAAAGCGCGAGUAUUUAGAUUUGGUGUUGGUGGGCGGAGAUGGAACAACGCAUGAAAUUCUUAAUGGUUUCUACAUUGCCCCUUCUCCCUCCUCCGAUGAGGGGGACGAAAAUGUUGUGUUGCCGAGGGUGAGGUUGGCAAUUGUACCAGCGGGAACAGCAAACGCUUUGUACUCGGCAAUGUAUCCCAGCGAAUGGACACAGGAGGUACAACAGAAGGUAGCAGCGGCUAAAACUGUUGAUCAACUGAGCGAGGAGGUGGUGCAGAUAAUGCUCUCUUCUGUUCGUGCCCUUUGCAACUGUUUGAAAGGACAAGAGGAUCGGUCAAGGUUGCAUGAACUACCGUUGAUGCUAAAUCAACUACGACGAGAGGAGGACGAGGAGGGGGAGAGGCUAAGUGUCAGUCAUUUAGUCACAUCGCAUGCACUCCAUGCGAGUAUUUUACAUGAUGCCGAUAGGCAGGAGAUGAGGGAUAGAUAUGGUGGCAUUGAACGUUUUAAAGUUGCUGCUCAACUUAAUGCUACACGCUGGAUUGAGGGCAGUUUGAUGCUUUUACCCCUUGCCUCUUCCACGGACGAAGGAGGUGGUGCCGUGUUACAGUACUCGCCCAAAAGCAAAACAUUCGAACAGCUCAAGUGCGGAAAAGUUGAGCUGCAAGGCCCAUUCCUCUACCUCACAACAAUGGUAACAGAUCGGUUGGAAAGUUCAUUCAUCCCUGCACCCCUCUCUUGCGCGUUGAAAGGCAAAGCUCUACCCACCGAUGCCGUCGAUGUGAUUGUCAUCCGACCCACUCGUGACCCAAGCCUAAACGGGAGGGAUACUCGAAAAGCCAAACUGGAAUUCGCACAAUCCAGACUAGUCGCAAUCACUCAAGCAAUGUACAGCGGUGGAUCCCACAUCGAUCUGACCUACGACGGGAGGGAAUCGAUAAUCGAAUACCUCCGUUGCUCAGGAUACUCCUUCAAGCCAGAAGACAAAGGAGACCAGGAGGAAUGCAAAAAAGCUCGACUAGUUUGUACGGAUGGCUUUAUCUCAUCUGCUUCUCAGACCCAGGUUCGAAGGUGGACCGCAAGUUGCACCUACGCAUUGCCAGAAGGUCUUGGACGUUUGCAUGCUCCUUUGAUCUGGUGUUGA